GCGAUGGCGGGGAGUGCGAAAUGCUGAGACUGGAGUUCGAAAAGAGGGAAGGGAGAGGAGGAGGAGGAGGAGAGGGGGGUCAGGGAUCAGCGAUGUCUAUCGGAUCAUCAAACACACGAAGGCUGAGGAUACUCGUCGGGCUGUUUGCCUUGACUGCAGUCUUGCUAUGUGGCCUGAUAACCUGGGAGCAAACCGAAACGAACGAGGAGCAAAUGUGGCCGCGACAGAUUGCAGGCGAUGGUAUGCGGAGAGCCGAUGCAGCUGAUCGCAAGCUCCUCAUGCUGUCACCAUCCCUCUACGUUGCGGGCGUUGGUGAUGGUCUCUUCUCACUGUUUAUCCUUUACGUCUUGUUGAUCAUCUCGUGUGCCGUUGGCUGCAACAUCCGCAACGGCUGUCCGCUCAUUCUAAUCUCAGUCAUCGUUGUUCUGGUUGUGACCCUCGUCCUCGUCCUAUCGCCUCGGGUUCCUCGGCAGGAGCUCCAGGCGCUGGCUGAGCAACAGAAGUACCAGCCCUUUGACAGGUUGUACAUAUGGCAGGCACUGAUCAUGUCGCUGGUGUGGCUGGGGCUGUUGAUCGCGCUGAUCUCCAUGUUCCUUUGUCACUGUAUCAAGCCCGUCUAUGCCAAGUCUUUAGAGGAUUGAAUUUGCUUCCAUUAAUUCCAUAAAUAAAAGUCAUAUGCGCUC